GAUUAGUUGAUAGCCCAGCAAGGAAGCCCAAACUCGUCACCGUCGCCUCCUUCUAUUCAUUUCGCCGAGAGGCGAAAGAACUGCUUCGCACCUACGUUACUGCUGAAGAUCCAGCCGGCACACACAGACACCAUCGGCGAAGAAGAGGCCGGAGAGAGGAUGAUACUGGCCGUGCUCUUCGCCAACUCCGAUGGAAACAUCCUUGUCGAGCGAUUCCAUGGGGUUCCCGCGGAGGAGAGGCUCCACUGGCGCUCCUUCCUGGUGAAGCUCGGAUCCGAGAACCUCAAAGGGUCCAAGAACGAGGAGCUCCACGUUGCCUCCCACAAGUCUGUGUCUAUUGUUUAUACCACGGUCGGGGAUGUCUGCCUCUACAUUGUUGGCAAGGAUGAAUAUGAUGAGCUUGCUUUGGCUGAGGUGAUCUUUGCAAUUACAUCAGCAGUCAAGGAUGUUUGUGCAAAACCUCCUACCGAGCGCCUCUUCCUUGACAAAUACGGGAGGAUCUGCUUGUGCCUUGAUGAGAUUGUUUGGAAGGGGUUGCUUGAAAACACGGAGAAAGACAGAGUGAGGAGGUUGAUUAGACUAAAGCCCCCUGUGGAGCCAUAAUUUGCAUGUAAAGCAUAUGUUGGCGUUGCUGUAAUCCAGAUCCAAUCCCAUUUGCAUUUGUAGGCAAAUUUUCAGAGUUUUCAUCUGCACAUUGUAUCUACAGAAUUAUCAUCACUUAUUGGAGGAUUGCGUGUGUGACAUCAAAAACAAUGUAUCAUCUGUGUAUUUGCUAUGUUGAUAAGUGUGUUACUGCGUUGUA